AUGUCUGACUGGAUGAUUCGCUCCAUUGUGGCCCGAACAAUGACGGCCGCGCGUAGUGGGCUUAAAAACGGCAGAAGCGCUCGCACGGAGCUCAAUCCUCGCGGGAGACCGGCAGCAACCGUCUGAGAGGAGGACGUCCCGAUCCUCUGACUGAUGGUGCUCACUCUGGUAGGCGGGGCCUCUCUGGGUGGAGUGGCGGCCCUCGUGCUCUUCAUCAUCUCCACGGCAACAGACUAUUGGAUGCAGUAUCGCUACUCCGGGAACGCAGCCAAUCAGGGCCUCUGGAGGUUCUGCAUCAAUCGCAAGUGCCACGCCCACACGCUGACCGUGGCGUUCUGGGACGCCACGCGGGCCUUCAUGCUGCUGUCGGUUCUGGGCUGUUUCGCUGGAGUGCUUUUGGGCAUCACUGCGUCCAAACGGCCCCGGAGCCGACGAGUGCGGACCGGAGGAAUCGCCCUGCUGCUGUCCGGAUUUCUUGCGCUCUUGGCUUUGGCGAUCUACACCGGCAUGACCGUCAACUUCUUCGGCAAACGCUAUAGUUAA